UGAGCGGGUGGGCCGUAUGAGCGUUAUCGUAAAGGUUUUUGCUCGGCAAAUAUACGAUUCCCGUGGAAAUCCCACUGUUGAAGUAGAUCUUUACACUGAACACGGUUUAUUUAGAGCUUCUGUCCCUUCUGGCGCUUCAACUGGAGAAAAUGAGGCCUGUGAACUACGUGAUGGCGGAACUAAACAUAUGGGCAAAGGAGUUACCAAGGCUGUCUCAAAUGUUAACAACAUAAUAGCACCUGCCAUAAAAGGAAUGAAGGUUGUGGAAAUGGUAUCCUUGGAUGCAAAGUUAAACGAAUUAGAUGGAACCCCUAAUAAAUCCAAACUUGGAGCUAACGCUAUCUUAGGCGUUUCUAUGGCUGCUUGUCGUGCAGCGGCAGCGGCUUUAUCUAUUCCACUUUAUCGAUUUCUUAAUAAGUUGGCUGAUUCUCCCAAAAUGGUUUUGCCUGUGCCUUGCUUUAAUGUUAUCAACGGUGGAUGCCACGCUGGAAAUUAUUUGGCCCCGCAAGAGUUCUUUAUAAUUCCUACAGGCGCCUCUUCCUUUGCCGAAGCCAUGAAGAUAGGCUCGGAGACAUAUCACCACUUAAAGGCUAUUAUUAAAAAGAAGUACGGGCUAGACUCUACCGCCGUAGGAGAUGAAGGUGGUUUUGCGCCGAACGUAAAGGAUAUCGAUGAAGCUCUGGAACUAUUAGUAAAGGCCAUAGAGUCUGCAGGUCACACCGGCAAAGUUAAGAUUGGCUCAGAUCCAGCCUCUUCCGAGUUUUACAAUAAAGAACUUGAUCGCUAUGACUUGGAUUUCAAAGUUCCAGGGGAUUCAAAAAAGGAUAGAGUAUUAACGCGCCAACAACUUAUAGACGCGUGGGAGGGCUGGUGCGACAAGUACCCCAUUAUUCUUAUUGAAGAUCCCUGUAACGAAAAUGACUUUGAGGGACAUGCCAUGAUAACCAAAAGACUUGGCCACAAAGUUGAAAUCGUGGGGGACGAUCUUUACUGCACUAACAAAAAGUUGGUACAGAAAGGAAUAGAGCACUCAGCUACGAACGCCAUGCUUCUAAAGGUUAAUCAGAUUGGCACCGUCACAGAAGCCAUCGAAGCCUAUAAGGCCUGCGUAAAGAACCAGUGGGGAGUUUUCGUUUCGCAUCGCUCUGGCGAAACGGAAGACACGUUUAUAGCAGACUUAGCAGUAGCUUUGGGAGCCGGUCAUAUAAAAACUGGGGCCCCCUGUCGCUCGGAACGGUUAGCUAAGUAUAAUCAACUACUACGCAUUGAGGAGGAGCUCGAACAUAACGCCCCUUAUGCUGGGGAAGACUUUAGGAAGUCUGGUCGCUUUUAAUGACUUUUUCAAAGCGGCUUAGGCCAGGAGCUUCUGCUUUAGAGCAUU